AUGGCCGAUGAUACACGGCAGACUUCGCCUCCUCCUGCUGCCAACGCACAAGACGACCAUGAUGGAACACGCCCUUAUCAUGGGAAGGUCUACGAGGUCUUCCCGCCCGCACCACCGAAACGGCCGGAGAACGCGAACUUGAUGCCUGGAGGCACUGCGAACACCGCCGGCGGAAAACUGCCAGAACCUACUACGAUCGACGCACUCAAGUCGAUACGAGUAGAAGAUUUCAGGGAGCUCCACAAGAAGCCUUGCGUCAGGGAUGCAUUGCUGACGGGUAUCGGGAGCGGCUUUGCCAUUGGUGGCACAACAGCUAUAUUCGGCAAGCCGCUGUGGAGAGCGUGCAAUUGGGCCGUUGGGUCCUUCGCUGCUGGCUCAUUUUUCAUGUAUCAGUACUGCUUGAUUCGGCGGCAGUUGGAGAAGGACGGGAUGAAGAGGAUCGUCGAGGUCAGAGACCAGAAGAAAGCCGAAAGAGAGGCGAAGAUGCAGGCCGCUCGAGAGGCACGGCGGAAGGCGAAAGAAGAGGCCGAUAGGCUGGAAGAGGAGACAGCGCGAGAAGCGGAGAGGAAGAAGAAGGACAGUUGGAAAUUCUGGUAG